AUGUGUGCAGCCAGGUUCAAUGGCUGUGCAGAGGAGGCCACCGCUGCUGGAGCUGCUGCAGGGGCUCCUGGUCCUGUCACAGCCUCCAGGAUGCUGGACUGGACGGAGGCCGGUCCACGCAUCCUCCACAGCCUGGAGAUGGGGACGGUGAUGACCGUCUUCUACCAGAAGAAGUCCCAGCGGCCCGAGAGGAGGACCUUCCUGAUCAGACAGGACAUGAGGCAGAUCGUGUGGUGCCGAAACCCGGACAAGAUCGAAGGAGAGGGUGAGUGUGAUGAGAGGGGCCUCAUGGGGGGUCUCUGGUGAAGUUUCCGGGCUUCAGUCUGAGGUUAGAUGACUGACAGUAGAUCUGUGGUCGCAGAAGAACCACAGAUCCACUGUCAGGACAAGUGUUCGACUAAAAUACGACUUUGUCUCUGCUUGAAUUAUCCUCUUUGACAAUCGUGCUUCAUCAUCAAAAGCGACAAAGUAUUGUCUUAAAAAAACCACAAAGCAACUCGAGACCGACUAAGUGACACCAAAUGACCGAAAGGAAGCUUCAGACCACUUCAGAGAGACACCAGACGACCAAAAACAGAUGCAUAAAAAAAACACAAACAGAUGCAAAUCAACGCCAAAGAUGCAAAAAAAAAAAACAUCCUGAAGGUGAGACUUGAUGGAGAAAUGAAAUGACGACAAAUAACACAAAGACGCAAAAUAAAGCAGCUCGAAUGGCACUAAAUUGUCCCUUUAGAACAAGUAGAAAAAGCAAUGCAUAAUCAAUUAAUCUAGUAAACUGCAUUACCUAUUGGUAUUUUUCCUAAAAAGUAUUAAUAUAAACAGAGUCCCAGAAGUACUUUUUAAUAAAGUAACAUUAUUUUCUGACUUUUUAAUUUCAGACAUGAACAGAAGUCGCUUUAACAAACAAUAAAAGGUGUAUUUAUUUACAUUUGGAUACCAUGAAUGAAAUCAAGUUCAGCUCUUCUCUCUGAUGGAUUAAUGUCAAGUCUGAUGCCUUCACUCACAGAGCCAGGUAAACAAUUAACUCAUUCAACAGAAGUAUUGGAUAUCGGCCAAUAUGCUCAGACCAAGUAUCGAUAUCGGAUCGGAAAAAAAUGGAUCGGUGCAUCUCUGAUUUGUGGAGUCACCGAGUCAUCUCCACGCCAUGUAUUUGUUCUCUGUCACUGAACCAGCUGCUUCCAAUGAGCAGCCAGGAAGGUGAGCUCAUCAGUGAAGGCACCUGGUUCAGUAACUGAGCAGAACAAAUACAUGGCGUGGAGGUGACUUGGUGACUCCACAAUUCCCAUCUCUAAUAACGCCAAUAACCAUCAUGUGCAUUACUUGGUGCUAGACUCGAGUUGAACUCAGAUGUUUGUGUCACUGUGGACAAAAGCAUCAGCUGAACAUGAGCGUCCCCAGAAAUGGAUUUGUUAACCUUCAGAAUAAGAGUUUGAGGAAUGGACCAGGUCUUUAGAGAGUCCAGUCCAGUUUAUCCUGGUUCUGAUACUGUGGCGGUUCUACGUUGUGUCUUUGUUUGUUUUAUUUUAGAAAAAUAAACAAAUAAAUAAAUAAGAUGAAGACAGUAAAGUGAAAAGACCAAAAAGGAAAAACAGAACUAUCUUAGGGAUGACAAGAAAACUUUAGAAACACUAACAAAUGAACACAGAUAUAAAUGUACUUCAUAUUAUUUAUCGCACAUUAGCACACAGCAAAAAGAAGUGAGACUACCAUGUAAACAUUUAGUGCAAAAGGAUAGACAGACAUAGAAUAUAGAGCGAACAGAAUCGCUGUGUAACUGUGUACGAUAUUAAGAAAAAGAAGUCCUUCAUCAGAUAUCCAACCAGUUAAUUUGUCAAUAUCAGAACCAAUAUCCGAUCCAAAUAUCAGAUCAGUGCAUCCCUAAUUGGCGUCUUUUAAAAUACUUGUAUAUUCGUUAUUUUCAUCGAUUAAAUGUUUAAGCGCUCAUGAAAAGACGGGACUAUAAUUUUCUUAAAUUUCAAAAGGGUCUCUGCAGAUUAAAUGUAGUGAAGACCUGUGCACUCAAAGUUAAUGUGGUUUGAUUUCAGAAAAGUUAGUCUUCCAGAUAAUGUGGUCCAAACUAGAUCCUGAUCUGGUCUAAUCUGAUCACAGCAGGUCUGCUAUAAGGAAGUAAUGAACCAGCAGACUUUACUGCAUUGACAGGCUGAUGCAGUAUCUAGGAUUUAACCCAUCUGUGUAGUUAGCAGGUCAUUAUAGUUUUUUAUGACUGCUGAUAAACUUUUAUCAGCAGUCAUGAAACUCUGCUGGUCUGCUCGUGUCGCGGUCUCUUCAGGGAGACACGUCCUGACCCCGUGACCUCUGCUUCCUCCUCGUCAGCGUCCCAGUAACUCUCCGGGCAGAAGAGUUCUCAUGCUGCUGCUGCGUUUACUGACUGGUUUACUGCAGACCUGGUGUCAGUGGCUGCUGUUCCUUUGAAUCGGCCUGUCGGAGCACAGUUCAGCCUGUCUGGGGUGUGGAGGCUAUUGUCUGCGUCCUGGAUUUUGUGGCCCGGGGGAGGAUUUGUUACAGUGUCUGUUAGCGCAGGCCGAGAAAACUUAUGGCAUUCACAACUGGCACGAUAGAGUUUCCCUCUGUCUGUCUGCCAUGUGUUAUUCUAACUCUCCGACUUUAUGGUAACUUUUCAGAAAAAAGAAAAACUCUCCUCCUGCACUGAGAGAGAGAAAGAGAGAAAGGUGAAGCUCUGCAUGUCUGUCUUUGUCGACUCUCGAGUAUUUGCUCCUGCUGUUGGAUUUGUGAUGUGUGUCGACGGUGCGUUCUUCUUGAAAACAGCCGUUUACUGUAAUCUAGGGCUGGGCGAUAUGGGGAAAAGUUUAUCAGGAUAUAUCUUUUUCAUAUCAGUCGAUAUCAAUAUACAUCACGAUAUAAAAAAUGACAUUUAACCGUGUUUAUUGGUCGCAUGUAUUUUGCAGUACAAUAAUCUACUGCACCUGUGAGGUCUUCGUGUCUUCGUGACGUUUUGUCGUAAGGCGUUGCGCUGUGAAAGUGCUAUGGUUGUGUGUAGCUGCUGCCUGCUACUACGCAGUUGUUUGCUAGUUGGUUCUUAUUCAGCACAUGAUUGGUUCAGCGUGAAGUGGACCCAGAGAAACUCCCCUUUACAUUGGCUAUUCGUUAAAGGUGGGAGAAAAAAUGGACUAAUCGAUUUUUUUUUCAAAUUUAAGAAUAAAGGUCCUUACACACCAGAAGAUGCAAAUGUACGACGUGAAAUAACGAAAUAUUCGGAGGCGAAUUUUGAAACACCUGACUAUACAUAUCAAGCAUGAUGCGAUUUUGCGACUUUCCGGGGGGAGAAAAGAUGCGUCUCAGGUGGAAGCAAGAAGACUGACCCAACAGCAGACUGAGUGUUUUCAGUUCUGAUUAGACUCUAGUGUUGAGAUGUCUGUCUGUCAUAAUAGCAUGUACUGAGUCUGGGCCAGUAACAGAUAAGAACAUUAAACUAUAAUCCAUAAACGUAAAGUAACAACCGAGACCUAAUGGUGCUGUGACAGCAACACGAGUGGAAAUACAUAUGGUAUGUUGUAUCUGAACAGGUUAGCUUACGAGCUAAAGUUACAUUAGCACAGAUGAAAGUUGAAACAAAGAUGUGUAUCAAACUGUUAAAGCACACAAACCAUCGUCAUAUGAGAAAUCCGACGCUAUGACUCUCCACAAGUUGUCCUUCAGGUCGUUAUCUUUGUAAUGUUUGUGUCUUAUAUCAAAAAUCACUCUGUUCUCCGACACGUAAACAAUCAGCCGGUCGGCCAUGUUGGAUAUACCGGUGAAUCAAACGUCGCAAUAACAUGAAAUCUGAUUGGUCAGAAGUGGACACACAGUAUGAGAAACUUUUGAAAAUUCAACCGUGAUCCGAAAAAAUAAAUGCUACAAUAUCGGGAAAACGUCGCUGAUGUUAACGCUUGUAUUGACAGGAUACGGGUUCGAAAAAAAAUAUUGACGUACGAAAUAAUCGCACGAAAAAGACGUUCCCGGUAUGAAAGGACCUUAAAAAUCGGGUUAAAAAUCGACAAUAUAGUAAAGUUGAAUAGAGGAAUUGAAUCGUGAGAAAAGCAUAUCGUCCCAGCCUUACAAUCCAUGUAGUCUACCAAGACAUGGUAGAGUGCCGACUAUUGAAAAGCAUACUGGCCAUGUUUUAUGUUGAUAUUAAGGGAAAUUAAAUUUUCGAUAUAUAUCGUUGUCGUUUUAUCGUCCAGCCCUAAUGUCAUCUUAGUGUCUCUUCAAGAUUUGCAUCAAGCAGAAACCUCCGAUCUUGAAACCUGCAGUCUUUAAGAGUCCAGUCAGUAAACUCUGGACCAGUUUGGAUGUUUAUUUACCGACGGUUAUUUACUGUUAUUUAGUUUGUGUUGUUUACAGUGGGAUUUAAAAAUGGCGGUUCGUGUUCCUGAAUCAGCUCUUGUGUCCAACUCAGUUCUGGACCAUUUUCUGUAACCACCCCCCCCAUCCUCCCCUCCCCUCUGAUCACUCGGGGACUAAUGGCCGCCGCACACACAUGUGAUUCCUCUCCGCUCAGGAAACCUUGUCAAUUAUUUAUCCAUAAUUAUAAACUGCAUAAACGGCGCCUCUGCUAAUCCCAGCUGAGUUUUAGCGUGCACGAAACCCCGACACACGCCUACGCCGCUCGAUCGGACCAUCUGAAUCCCUGACACACACACACACGCACACACACACACACACACACACGCUUUCAUAAGCCACAAACGCCCCUCUACAAACAACCUCCCACUGGACGGUCCGAGCAGCACAUUCCAGGAACCCAGCGGAUCUCUCCUCCACUUUAUCUCCCACCGCUCUAUCUCUCCCUCUCUCUCUCUCUCUCCUUCCCUCCCUCCUCCAGCUGUCCUUUCCCUCUUUCCUCCCCCCACACUCCCACCUUCACACCCGUCUCAUUUUUCAGCUCUUCCCUGACCUCCCUCUUCACUUUCCUCUCCGUCUGUUUUCUUUCACUUUCUUUUUGAAUGACUGAUGUUUUGCUCUUUUGUUCCCAUAAGUCUCUCUUGUAUUUAUCUAAGCGACCCCUCCUCCUCUUCUCUCUUGCUUUUCCUCCCUUUGUUUUUGUUGCUUGAUAUUUUUUUUUCUACUGUUUGUUUUGAAAUGAAGUUUCUCCCCUCCCGCGUUGCCGCUCGCUCACGCACGCACACUUGGAAUCAGCGUUUCUCCCUGAGACGAUGAGCGCUCUGGCAGCGGUGGAGGUAUUAAAUCCUGAGGCGUAGGAAGCGCGGGGUUAUCAGGGAGUGUCUCCCUUCCUGUCUCUGAUUGAAGGACUCGCUGGCUGGCUGCAGGAAAACAAAACCUCCAGCAUCUUCAGCAGGAAGCUCAGACAUGGACCACAAAUGAGGCGUGAGAUGCCUCCAAGUCUGGGAGGAGUUAGAUCCAAUCAGGAGGGGUCAUUAGGGUUCACCAAAACGUACUCGGAGUGAAGAAACCUGCUGCAGAAACACGAAACUCAGACUUUGUGAACUUUGAUUUCUAAGUUACAUCAAGAUUAACCCCCAAUUUCCACCUCAUCUGGAAUGACUACGAAAAAAGGCCGUAUCCUCCGAUCGCAGCUGAUUGUAACCGUUCAGGUCAAUGUGUCAAUUUCCACCGACGUCUUUCCAUUCCGCUGCGGAUCGCUGGACUCCUCAGCUGAUCGCAAGAGUUCUAUUUUUUCCGGACAUCGGAGCAUGGCCGAUAAAUUCAGCACAGAUUACCAGAUACUGAUUCUAGAAGUCUAGAAGUAGAUUUCCUCCUCUGGAAGGUCACAAUCUACUGCUUUUAACCUAUGUAACCAACCUAUGUGGCUAUAGAGACAACUUGUUAUUGCGCGACUGCACGUGAAUCUGAAGGUUAUUGUGAGUUCCUGCGAUUCUUGCUGUGCAUAAUUUGCCACAAAAUUCGCCUCACAAACGGAUCCGGUAGGAAUUGGCAGACGGCGAGAAUAGUUCCAGAUUGGAGCUGUUUCGAAAGCGGUGGAAAUCCCGGGUAAAUAUCAACCGAUUUGUUUUUUUUUUUUUAGGGUCGAUACAUAUUAAUCAAGGAAUCAAGAAAACUGAUAACCAAUAUUUAGAAGCUAUAUUCAUUUAAAUGUUUUUUUUGGUGUUUUUCUUACCUCUGCAUUCUGCAUUCCGUCUGUAAAGCUGCACCUUGAGUGUUGAUUGGCUGUCUGUGUAGCCAAUCAGUGGGGAUUGUAGGCGGGACAUUGUUACACAGCGAAGAGUGGUGACUUCAGGCCGAAAGACGCGACUGUGUAAGAGCCAAACGAGCGCGUUUUAAAAUAAACGUAUCUUAUCGACUAUCGGUGAAAAAACAGCCGAUGCCGAUUAUUGUAAAAAAAAGUAAAAAUGGGCCGAUAUUAUUGGCCUCGCCGAUUAUUGGUCGAUCAUUAAUUUCAGACUUCCCUCUUUGUUGUUUGUAACUCGUCUUUUUGCCACAGUGUCAACAGGCAGAGGUGAAAGGUGCUGAAGUGCUUUGCAUGGAUGAGUUUUUCUGGUCAUGUGAGAUCUGGUUACAAACUAUAAAUAAACUAUAAAUUGCACAGAGUGAUGAAGUGUGUGUGUGUGUAAAGAUGGGAAUCGACAUAAUUUACAUUUCAUCCUAAUGUUUCCCUUAACAAUUCUUUUCUUCUGGGUGCCCUGAAAAACGAUUUCGCAAAUUCUAGUCAAUGUGAACAAGAACAGAGAAAAGUAGGCAGAAACGAUUUAAAGUGUGGCUUAAUUUUACUAAGAAAAACGACAACUUUUGUAGAGUGGUGAGAACACGAAAAGGUGGAAUCAUGCUAAAACAUUUGUCAACGGGGCACGUCAUCAAAUACACACAUUUUGUUUCUGUUAUCAGAGACUCGAUAAAAUUUUGAGUUAACGAUGAAAACCUAAAGCCGACCUUUUUUUCUUUAAAUCAAAGAAAAGCAUCGAUACAGGAAACGUUAAAGAAUUGAAUCGAUAAGCAGAAUCAAUAAUGGCAUCACUAUCGGUAAAAUCUUAUCAAUACCGAUCCCUAGUGUGUGUGUGUGUGUGUGUGUGUGUGUAAAUUCUACUUUUGCUCCAGGUCAGUUAUCACCCUAUUGCACAAAAUUGGCCUAAAAUGACGUGUGUAUGCAUGAACUUCUGCAUAAACAGACGUGCAGAUGAUCAGCAUUGACACUUUUCACCGUUUCGUUUAUCUGAAGGUUGUAAAUCAAACGUUCAAACGGGUCACUUGAGUUGGAAAAUAGUUGAAUCUAACUUUAAAGUUCACAAACCCUCCGUAGGGCUCUAACCUGACUUCCUUUUUAGCUCCUAAAAAACUCGAUCUUAUCUCCUUCAUCCGUCAGUCCUCCUCGUUCAGCCGCUUCAUAACUGUUUAUAGGCCUUUUAUUUUCUACUCUCGACUUCAGCCGCUGUGAUUUAUCAUCUCGGAGUAGACUCUGCCAUCUGGUUCGCAGUGAUGUCACCGGCAGCUGUACCAGGAACAGUUUGUUUCACUGGAACUGCACUGCAAUUAUCAUCGGCUGGUGGUUUCAGGUCAGCGGGGCACACGGCUCGCGUUGCGUUCAGGGACCGUCGUUCAGCUCCUGAAACGGAGACUUCAAAGCGUCUUUUCUUUUCUGUUUUCUUUCUUAUAAAAGUGUCUCUCACUCUGAUGCUCCUCCAGUUGGCCCGACGCACGUGUCUUUUCAACUUUCAUCAAAGUUUGUGUGAGUGCGUUUGUGUGUGUGUGUGUGUGUCUUUAUCGAAAUCAUGUUUACAGCCUGGAUGAGGAUCUGAGGGAAGGGAGGAUUCGAGCUCCGUGUGUGUGUGUGUGUGUUCAUGUGUGUUUUUGCUCCUUAUCUAUCAGUGUCUGUGUGCAGAGUCGAGAAAAAGGCAGAGUGUGUGUGUGUUCGUGUGUGUGUAUUAACACAGUCAUGGUGAGCGGAGUGUGACGUUUGGCGGCCGAGCAUGUGUUCGCCUCAUUGUCCAAAGUCCAGACUAAAUGGCAGGAAGUAAUAAAGGCAGAGAGCGGAGGAAAACAAAUCGCGGCUCCUGAGAUAUUUUUAUUAAUAGUUUUGGGGGAAAAUGAGUCAACGCUCGUUCUGAGGGACUUUGGACUUCGUCAGACCUGGUGUGGUGAUGGUUUCGUCGAAAACCAGAGUCGACGCAGCGUUACAGGAUUUUAGUAAAUAAACAAAAACACCAAAUCGUUUCUUAACUCAGAGAAAAACUCAGAGCGCUGGUUAUUUCCUGCUGGCGUUAAAAAAGAUCACACCCUGUUUAAAGCCUUGAGCAUUUUUGUGGUCGCAGACUACUUCCUUUACCAGAUGCGACCAUAUUUGGAAGUGGGAGUGGCUACUUCUUAUUAUAUCCCUCUCAGUUUGCAGGACUUUGUAGUAAUUUCUUCUUAAUCUCUUAUACAACGUUGACUUUAUCCCGGUCGUCUUUAGCAUGGCGUUGAAUCUAAAUUUACAGCCCAGGCCCCUCUACCUGUGGUGUGUCAUGGAGGUCACGGAGGUCAUGGAGCUUUGAUCGCGGCCUUCAGCUCAUCUUUUUUUUUUAUGGGUCAUGUGCUUCUUUUCUUCCUCUUGAUAAAUAUCUCACAUAUCCUCAUAGAGUUCAGGUCAGGUGAGUCGGUUUGCCGAUCAAGCGCAGUAGUUUUAGAGUCAGGUGAUCACUGAUAGGAGUUUUGGCACAGUCUCUAAUCUUCAGGUAGACUCGAUAAAAGAGGAAAACAGGUCAGCAGGACGACGCUUUUUUGUGUGUCAAAAUUCACUUUUUAAUUGGGUUGGGUACAGAGAACUGUGUUUUAUUUGGAACCAGUUCCUAACAUCUGGUUCAAGAAUCAUUAAGCAAAUCUUUUGCUGCGUUCGAGUUACCUCAGAAGUCAGAAGUCUGAGCUGAAAUUGACGUCAGACCGGAGUUCUGAAGCAUUUUAGUUACCAAGUCAGAAAAAGUCAAAAUCAGAGGCGGAAACAAGAUGGCUACAUCUACGACAGUUAUUUUAGUGCUUGCCUUAUAUUUGGACAAAUAACUUCCUUAAAUGUAGCCAUCUUGUUUCUGCCUCUGAUUUUGACUUUUUCCGACUUGGUAACUGAAACGUUGGGAACUUGGGUGUGACACUUCUGACCUCUGAGGUAACUUGAACACUUAUUUCUUUUGGUUCUGAGUGCCCGCACUACUUUGUUUUUGGGCGUGUAUUACUCCGCUUGGCGUUCUCUGUGCGUCCGCUAGCAAGAAAAUCACCCGUCUGAACAUGGACCGCAAAAAAAGGCUUUUAAUUUGAAAGAGGAGGGCGGAGUAGCGCAACAUCUGCGAAAAAACAAUUUCUGCCAGAGGAGACAUGUCACGGCCGGAUUCAUGGAGUAGAAAUAACAGAGGGCCCCGUCUUUGACGCGUCGCACCGCUCUUCCUCUAACCAAUCAGAAUCAGAUAAGAAAAACGAUAAAUCACGUCUGUCGUCUGCGAACAUUGAAACGGUGAAUGAAUUGUAUCGUAAACGAUGAGUCGGCUUAAAUAUCCAUGAAUCAAAACAAGGAAUCGAAGCUGAAAUCGUUCAAAUUUAAACAAUUCCCAACACGACUUCUUAAGUAUGUAAAGGACAAGAUAACCAAAAUUCGUCAACAUGGGGCGCCAAAGUUAACACAAACCCAGAGUUCCUGUCAGCUUUAAGAAUAAAAAGAUCUGAAAAUGUCCACUCAUCGUCCUUUGUGCGUGCUGAUGUUUUGCUCAGAAGCCCCCCGUCCCCCUCCUCAUGUUCAAUUUGGACACGUUUCCAUCUGAGGAGAUCAGACCCUCAGAUCGUUCCAUUAAUCUCCUGCCAAACCUGUUCUCACUGUCAGAUAGAAACCACAUUUCUGGACCUCCUCUGCUGUUUGAUUCGAGGUUAUAUUUAACCUGAAGGAGACGGAUCGUCUUCGGCCUGAUGAAGAGGAGGAGGAGGAACAGCCUGGAGUGAACUUCACUCUGCUGUCCACCUGUGGAGCAGAAAACAGGGAGAACAAAAACGUGGAGAAGUCUCAGCUCUUUGGCUGUUUCUCCACUUUAAUCUGAAGUUUCUAAAUUAACUCUCUGCGCCUCAUUUUAACGGACAUCUGCUGUGUCCACGAGCGAGGCUCUUCUCUGUGGGUGUGUCGCCUGCUGCAAGCGUGGAGUCCAGAGCUGACAUCAUCCUCUGAGGUCUGUCGCUCGCUCUCGGCCGCGCUCUGAACACGAGACACCAACCCCGCUUAUGUUGAUUUAUCCCCGACGGAAACAUGAGGAUUAAAUCUGACACAGACGCAGAAACGUCCACAAAGAUGAUGAACUAGAAGAAGGACGAACUUCUGCUGAAAUAACCAGAAUUUUGGAAAUCUGGGAAAAAGAUUCAAAAUCUAAAACUUUAAAAGUGUUUUUAAUGUCUUUCAGGUCCUAAAAACCUAUCUCUUAACAUAUAUAUAUAUUUUUUUUUACUGGUUCCUGGUUGUGAUGUGGUUUGACAACACAAACGAAGCUCGAGUGUUGUUGCCGAUAAAAAUGUGAGCGACGCUGUGAGAUGAACAGCUGGAGGAAAAGGCAGAAACUUUUUUAGAUAAAAGAUUUUAAAAAAGAAGGUUGAGCUCAAACUAGGUAUCUAACUGUCAUUAUCUACUCUGCAGCUCUUAAAUGGAAAAACAGAAGAUAAAAUAACUCAGCUGAGGAGUUUGAGUAAACCUACAGAGACAGAAAAAACAGCAGAAUUAAACCCUAAUUCAUAUAUUCAGAGUUCAGGCCGUGAUUUUCGACUCUUUAAGUUUCUCCUGAAGUCAGUUUCAGGUUUUUUUUUCUUCCUCAAAGUCUCUAAAUUCCCUCGCAGGUUUUCUUGACCUUUGAACUCUCAGGUUAGCGGCGUCCGUCUCCGUGUCGAGGAGGAAACGUUACAGAAAGAAAAAAACGUUUGUCUGGCUUCUGCUGCUGAAAACCUCUGCAGAGUUUUCAAGCAUCCUGUCAGUGACAGCUGAAAUGUUUGUGUGUCUGUUUUUGGACUCUGUGGAGAGCUAACUUACACACACACACACACACACACACACUGAACAUUUGUUGAGUUUUCCGGCAGCAGAUUUCUGUGUAAUUGGCAGGGAAACGAACAACGUGCCAAACUGUGAUUUAUGGUCGUGCAUAUUUGUGUUCAUGCAACAUUAUCCUUCCUUCCUCCCUCCCUCCUCUUCUCUCCUUCCUCCCUCCUCUCCCUCCUUCCCUCCCUCCCUCCCUCCUCCAGUCGACAUCCGAGAGAUCCGGGAGCUGCGGUUGGGAAAGGGCUCCCGUGAUUUUGAGCGUUACCCGGAGGAAGCCCGCAAACUGGACGCCGCCCACUGCUUCAUCGUGCUCUACGGUCUGGAGUUUCGCCUCAGGACGCUCAGUGUGGCCGGUCAGUGUGUGGCAUGUACUACAUGGGGUCAAAGGUCAAAGAUAACAUAGAUAACCUCUUAUCUCUCGUCUGCCUGUCUGACCUUGAGUUUCCACGUAAACAGAUCUGAUUUAUAAUCACGUUAAGGAGCUAAACACAGACGAAAAUCUGCAAAAAUCAUGAAAAACUUUGAAUUAAUGAAUAAAAACUUUUUAUUUUUUAUCUUUAAAUUAAAAAUGUCAAACUUUAAUUUGCAGAAUAAGAGGUCCACUAUAAUGUUGUUUUGUCAAUAUUCUUCUCGGUGUCCUCGCCUGCAGCCUUCAGUGAGGAGGAGGUCAACAUGUGGAUCACUGGUCUUAACUGGCUCAUGAUGGACACUCAGAGGGCGCCGGCACCUCAACAGACGGACAGGUGGGUACCUGUGUGAACGAGUAUCUCAUAAAUCCACAAAUUCACCCCAAAACUGACCCAAAGAAGAAUUUAAAAAAGCCCCAAAACUCUUCAGAAGGGGACUGGAGUGUGGGCGCUGAUGUUGCAACAUUUGUCUGUGCAGUUUAAUCUCGAUGUGUAUUUGAAUGUUUUGUGCAGCUUUUUUGUGAAUUUUACUUUUUGCAUUCACUAAAAUUUUCAUGCUGUUGACCUUCUGGGCCACCGUAGAUGAGAUCUGUCAAUAGAAAAUACUCCUGCAGUCUCGUCCUCUUUGUGAGAUGAGUGAAAGUGCUGCAGAUGCACAAACGUUAUAAUGUCCUGUCCUUUCAAAAAUAAAGAGUUGGACUAUUUCCCUGCAGAAAUGAUAUUUACUUUAACAUCCUCUUGAACAAACCUUCAGUGUAUUUAUUGUCCUUUAAAAGUCUCAGCUCCCUCUGCAUGUGCAUCAGCAGCGCUCUCAUGUUGCUCUCUGCAGCGUCCUGGACGUUAAAGGGUUACGGGCCGGUCUGAGCGGAGGGCAAAUAUUUGUUUUGGCGUGAAAAUAUUUACUCCAGAGGAGCGUGUGAAGGCAGUUUGGGCGUCUGCGGUGUGAGCGGGGAACACAGCGCGGCUGUGAGGAUGUGGAGGAGAGUUUAGUUGUUGAUAUAAUGCGAGCGCUCGAUGUUUGGAAACGCUCGGAGGAAAUGAAAAAGCUAAUUUAGUCUGUUUAUGACAGUUGUUUAAACUGUUUGGGGAGUCGAUUCAUCAGAUGAAUGAGAUUUUAGUUUCACUUUUUUUUCCUCUCUAACACGAUCAGGCUCCGGCUCAAACUCUCAGUUUGGAGUUGAAAGUUGUAACUUUCUGUCAAACUGGAAAACUGCUGCUGCUGUGUGAUAAUCUGACAUUUUAAAAAGUUUAAAAACUGUUUCAGAAAGAGUUUACCGAGCCUGACGGAGGUGAUGAGCAACAGUUAUCAGAUAUUAAAGCCGUGUGUGAACUAGUUUAAAAAUUUUGGAGUCAGUCUGAUCGAUUUUGUCAGUUUGAUUAAAAGUGAGAUGAAUUUCUGGACUUUGGUGUUGUGUUGGUCAGAGAGGAGGGAUUCUGGUCGACUGUCUAUUCUGAUAAAAUCAAAGUGAAACAGCGACUUCAGAUUCAUGUCAGAGGGGAGAAUAAUAUCUGAAAUAAAUAUCUGAAAUAAGGUAUCAUGGUUGAGUCAAAGUUUCAACACUUUAUUAGGGGUGGGAGAAAAAAUCGACACAGCAUAGUAUCGCCAUAUUUCGUCUGGUGAUAAAUCAUCGUCUCAUUUACCAAGUAUCGAUUUUUUUCAAACUAAUUGCUAAUAUGAAGUCAAAUCUGUGAUAAUAGAAAAAUAAAAUCAACUGUUUGUCCAGUGAGUUUGGCAGAGGUGACAUCAUAGUGCAGAAGAAAGUUAGUACAACAUGUAUAAAUGUAAGGUUUGCAAGAUGUGCUUCAUGAAAAUGAAAUACAGCCUAAAUAAGACAACGAUAAAGGAAAGACAAAUUCUAGAUUAGCUAAACAGUUGAAAAAAUUGUAUAAAUCGCAAUAUAUAGUAUUGCAAAAUGUUAAAUAUUGCAAUAAUAUCAAAUUGUGGCCCAAGUAUCGUGACAACAUUGUAUCGUGAUUCCCACCCCCACAAUUUAUAUGAACUCAUCUCUUGUUCUGCAUCAUAAACACAUUUAUUUAACCUUAUAAAUCACGGCCCAAGUAUCAUGAUAGUAUCGUUUCGUGGCUCAAGUAUCGUGAUAAUACCAAUUUGUGGCCCAGAUAUUGUGAUAAUAUCGUAUCAUGGCCCAAGUAUCGUGAUAAUAUUCCAUCGUGAUUCCCAGCCCUACAAUUUAUAUGGACUCACCUCAUGUUCUGCUUCAUUAACACAUUUAUUUAACCUUAUAAAUGCCUCUUUAUAACAGGUGAUAACAGCUCAUAGCAAUGUUGGUUAAGUUUUAUAAGCAGUGAGCAUGAUGCCUUAUAAGGAAUGGUUUAUAAUGCGUUUAACCUUUAACACAGGAGAAAAACACAAUUAUAAAAAUACAUAUUUCUUAACUGACAGCCAUGAAAUACUGCUUAUAAGGUCUUUGUAUUAUUAUUGAAGCUCUUAAAGUAUAACGCUUCAUAAUUAUAUUUAUAUAAGGCAGCAUGCUUUCUGUUUAUACUCCACUAUACACUGUUUUUAAUGUUUUUAAUCACUCAUCACGGUUGUUUUAAAGCCUUACAGAUGCUUUUAUAAGGUUUAUAAAUAUCAAAGUUCAGCAGGAUGAGAUUUUUUUUAGAAGUUUGUAAAAAACAAGAUAAGCAAAGACUGCUCUGUCCACAGGGGGGCGCCAAAACUGACACAAACUGAAAAUCUCUCACAGGAACUUUUAAUUAUAUAAGAAAGAAAUAGUGAGCGGUUACUUUUUGAAGUGUUUUAUGUGUAAAAGAGCUAAAACUGUUUCUUUUGAGUUUAUUCCAAUCUGAACAUUUUAGCUGUAUGUAUGCGUCGAUGUAAAUAUGCCGAUAUUUAUUCUAGCAUGAAGUACAUAACAUGUCUGCAGGUCUCCCUUUAUUCACUCGUGCUGUUGUUGUUGUUUCUCCAUCCUCCUCCUGCUUGUAGGUGGCUCAGGAAACAGUUUGAAGCCAUGGACAGGAGCCACGAGGGCAGGUGGGUCACUCUCCACAAACACGUCAACACCCAAUCGUAGCUGCUUUAACGGCGGCCCCUGAUGGAUGCUCAUAGGCCGGCGGAGCGUGGAGGUGAAACCAGAUCCAGAUGUGAUCAAAGAGCUCUGUCAGGUCUCCGCCCUGACCUCAACCUCCGCAGCUAUCACACACGCUCUCUCUGUCUCCUCGCCGCCGUGCCGGCAUUAAUACCUCCAGGCUUCUGUUUGGGUGGAAGCCGCUCCAGGACAAACAGCCUGCCAUCGCCUGAUAAGCGGCAGGAAGUGAUGCGAUGGGCUGGGAGAGGGCAGCUUCCUGUCUCCUGUGAAAAUAGUAACAGUUACAGUAGCCAGACAGAGAGAGGAGGGAGGGAGGGAGGUGAGAGAGGAUCAGAGCGGGCAGGAACGGCGGUCAUUGACCCCGAAAGAUCGUCUGCAGCGCGGAGCGGUGACCUGGACAUUUUUUUCUCUUUCUACCUGCGUUCCUGGCUUCCUUCCUCGCCCUCUUACCGACUGAUGAUGUUUUCAUGUGUUUGUUAGUGAAAGUGAUUCUCCAUCUGCUGUUUGUCCCAGAAACAAAAAAAAAGACACACAAGGGAAGAAGAUAUCGUCAACUUUACAAAACUCACCGCAAGAGCCAACAUGCAGUUUUAGUCUUUUAUAAAUCCAAACCAAAAUCAGUGUCACCACAGAGCAUGACCCUUAAUUUUUUAACUUAGGAGCAGACAAAGAACUUUAGGGGCAGAAUGAAAAUUGAUCAAAUAAUGUUUGUCUUAUUGUCCAACCAUAGUACUAUUAUUUGAAAUCAAUUUUAGGUCAAUUGGUCACAUGACAUGGAAGUUAUUGAAGGAAAACAGCCUUUUCUGAGAACAUCAACCGGUAAUUUAUUGACGGUCCCUUAUUCAACACCGACGUUGACAGUGAGGGUGUCGAGUAGAUUUAACUGCGCUGCUGUUGUUAUUCCCGGUUAUGAAGAGUUGGAAGACACCGGUAGAUCCUCAGAGAAUGUCCGUCAGAUAUCCAACCUGAAACUAACUUCACCGCCGUAUUUACAGGAAAAUAUAUCCAAUCUAAAACUAACUUCACCGCCGUAAUGUCAGGAAAACACAUUUUUCACCUUGGCUGAUUUCUUUUUUAUGCGCACAUGUGCCUCUAAAUACAUUUUACAAUUCGUACACAUCUAUUUUUAUUCGUAAAUGUGAGUUAAAUGGUCGCACUGUCGAGCCCUGCACCAAAUUUAAGGAAAGGUGGGAAAUACUGAAGAGGGGAAGUUUGUCAGAGGUUAAAAUUGAUGCACAGGGAACAGCACAUCACACAGCAGCAACACCUUAAAACAGCUGCACCGUCCUGCACAACCUCUCUGCACAUCCGACCUGUUAUUUAGUAAAUAAAUGUGCAUUAUCGAUGAAAAAAGUGCAAAUCAUUCCUCACAGUAUUCAGACGGCAUGUAGAAAAUGAAAAUAUCAUUCAAAGUGAGCUAAACAACAUAAAGGUCAGCAGGAUCCAAACCGUCAGUGGAGUUUGCUGCCUGAAAAUGUAGAGUCCUUAAGUGAAAAUACUUUUCAGUCGUACGGCGCCAUCUCCUGGUGAAAACGUCCUCUCUCUUUUGUUUGUUUUUCAGCAUCACGGUGAAGGAUGUGAAAACUCUGCUGCCUCAGAUCAACUACAGAGUCCCCAACAUGCGCUUCCUCAAAGACAAGCUUCAGGUCAGAGCGGAGAAGGACUCUGAUACCUUCAGGUCUUUGACAGCUUCUCUAACUUCUCCUGGAUCUUGUUUCCUCAGGAGGUGGAGGCCCGGAGCGAUCUGUCCUACCCUCACUUCGCACAGCUCUACAGGACGCUGAUGUUUGACGCGCAGAAGAGCGUAAGAUCCACCUCUGAGGUUUCAAAUUGUUGUUGAAGAAGAACUCAGAUCCUUCACUGAAACAGAAGAAGGUUUUUCUAUCAUAGUGAAGUAUCUGAGUUCUUCUGCGCCCACACUGUCUGCACCUGCUCACUUUGUCCUUAACUGUUUAUGCCUCACCUGGCUCCUCCCACCUGUCUGUCACCUGGCUCCUCCCCUUUUUAUCCUCAGAUUAUUGAGCAGCUGGAGCUCUCCUUCCCUCUGCGGUGAGUCCCUCCACCUUCACCUCCUCCUCCUCUUCCUCAGUGUCCGCUCCUCCACCUUCUAGUUCAGCAUGUCCACGUGUUUCUAAAGCUCUGAAUUGUACUUGUGUGUUUUUUAAAAUCAUGAAGUGAUGAGGAUUUGUUUUCUCGUGUUUGCAGGAACGUGGACAGACCGGAGCUUUGUCAGAUCUCCCUCUACGACUUCCAGAAGUUCCUACAGAUGGACCAGAAGGUACCGAACACACUCAGGAUCAGAAAUGCUCCCUAAAAUCUGCUCUGUGCUCAUAUUUUUCUCUCUCCGUCUCUCCUCAGGAGUCCUGGGCGUCAGAUCUGGGCCGUGUUCGAGAGUUUCUCAUGGCGUACAUGAAGGGCGGUCCUCAGCCUGAGCCGAUGCUUCAGCUGGACGAGGUAAGAUAUUAAAGAGACGCACAUAAAGAUGAGAUAUCUCGCUCUGAUCGUGUCUCUUUGCUGUUUCUGUAGUUCCUGACGUUCCUGUUCUCCAAGGAGAACUCCAUCUGUGACGCUCGACUCUCUCCCGUGGUCGCCGAUGACAUGAAGAGGCCGCUGUCUCAGUAUUGGAUCUCCUCUUCACACAACACGUACGUUCACUUCCUCUAAGAGAUACCAGACGUUGAUUUCUUAAAGGGUUCAUCUUUCCUGACCUCGUUUCCAUGGUUUCCACCUCUCAGCUACCUGACAGGUGACCAGUUUUCCAGCGAAUCGUCUCUCGAAGCGUACGCUCGCUGUCUGAGGAUGGGCUGCCGCUGUAUUGAACGUAAGGACGUCGUUUAAAUCAUGAAGUAAAGGAAACUUGCGGCGUCCUUCAUUCAUGAAUAAAGUCUGAAAGGAUCCACCGCCUCUUUAUUCUUCCCUCCUUCACUCAAAUCUGUGUUUCUCUGAUCGUAGUGGACUGCUGGGACGGUCCCGACGACCUGCCGAUCAUCUACCACGGCCACACGCUAACCUCCAAGAUCAAAUUCCUGGAUGUGCUUCACACCAUCAAGGAGCACGCCUUCGUCACGUCCGAGUGCGUAGAUUAAGAUUAGUACCCAAAAAAAAACAGCUAUACGCAUUUUCUUUGUCUCACCCGGUGUCCCCCCUUUAGGUAUCCCGUGAUCCUGUCCAUCGAGGACCACUGCAGCGUGGUCCAGCAGAGGAACAUGGCCACGCACUUUAAGAAAGUGUUUGGAGAUCUGCUGCUCACUAAGCCCGUUGAUAACAGCGCCGAGGAGCUGCCGUCGCCGCACCAGCUCCGCAGGAAGAUCCUCAUCAAGGUACAAAGAUCCCCGAUGUGAAAAAAGAAGGUGUCAAAUGAGGAAGAUGGUGGAGGCAGAGAGGAUCGAUAUCAACAGUGCAACAGUAAAUACAGAGAGGUGAUGAAAACUGUACGUCCCAACUGAGCGGUUUGAGAGACAGAUUAGAAGUGCAGAGGAAGAAAUAUCAAGAUUUUUAUGAUAUUUCUUGUAAACAAGCUUUUCAAACAUGUCUGUCUCUGAAGAUCUAAAUAUCAAAGCUCUCCAAGGGUUAAAACAAACUUUAAGGACUUUUAUUUUGAAAGGACAAUUUCUCAGACUAGUUUGCAGAUUUUAAAACUUAUUUUAUGUUGUCCAGCCAAUAUUCCAAAUUGUUCUUCUUCUUUUUCUUUGUUUACUACCACUUCUUCUACCUCUUCUUCUUCUACUACAUCUACUACUUCUUCUUCUGCAACUUCUUCUUAUACUACUUUUUUCCUCCUCUUCUUCUUCUUGUUCUACUACUACUUCUUCUACUCCUUCCUUUUCUACUACAUCUACUACUUCUUUUACCUCUUCUUUUACUUCUUCUCCUCUACUUCUCCUGCUACUUCUACUUCUCCUGCUACUACUUCCUUCUACUUCUUCUACUCCUACUACUUCUUCUACCUCUUCUUCUACCAUUUCUUCUUCUUAUUCUUCUUCCUUUUUCUUAUACUCCUUUUUUUCUUCUUCUAAUUCAUCUUUUUCUACCAUUUUUCUCCUUCUUGUACUUUUUCUACUUCUUCUUCUUUCUCUUCUUCUUCUACCUCUUCUGCUUCCUCUUCUUCCUUUUCUUCUACCAUUUCUUCUUAUUAUUAUUCCUCUUCUUAUACUCCUUUUUCUUCUUCCACUUCUUUUACUUCUUCUGCUACUUCUCCUCCUCCUUCUUCUUCGACAAUACUUCUUCUUCUUCCACUACUACUUCUACGUUUUCUGCUACUCCUCCUUCUUCUGCCUCAUUUUCUUCUUCUUUUACUACGACUACUUCUCCCUUUUCUUCUUCAUCUUCUUGUUCUACCAUUUCUUCUUCUUUUUCCUUUUUUAACUAUUCAAGCUUCUUCUUCUUCUUCUUCUUCUUCCUUUUCUUCUUCUUCUUCUUGAAGUAGACUCUGUCAGACUCAAGUUUUAUUUUCUGUCGCAGCACAAGAAGUUGGUGGAGGGCACGCUCUACGAAGAAGUCACGUCAGCCAGUUACUCUGAAAACGACAUCAGCAACUCUCUGAAGAACGGGAUCCUGUACCUGGAGGACCCCAUCGACCACGUAAGUGUUCCUGAAACGUCAUUUAUGUGAGAAACACACAGUCAGAAUCACUGAAAUGUGAGGUUUACAGACGUGGACGCCACACUACUUUGUCCUGACGAGUAACAAGAUCUACUACUCCGAGGAGACGUCGCACUACCAGACGGCUGAUGAGGAGGAGGACGAUGAAGGCAAAGAGGUGAGAAAGAGAUGAUGAAGGUUAGAAGUUCGGGGUAAAGGUCGGGGUGAGACGCUGACGCUGUUUCUCUGCAGGAGUGCAACAACAACGAGCAGCACUGCGCCGAGCGAUGGUUCCACGGGAAGCUGGGCGGAGGUCGUGACGGUCGGCAGGUCGCUGAGAAGCUGCUGCAGGAGUACUGCGAGGGCGGGGCCAAAGACGGCACCUUCCUGGUUCGAGAGAGCGAGACGUUUGUCGGAGACUACACCCUCUCCUUCUGGUCAGUAGGAGGAGAAAUUUAAUCUGAUCUGUGGUCAUGAAAGAACAAAGAAUCAGCGACGCUUUAACUCCUCCAGGCGCUCCGGGCGAGUCCAGCACUGCAGGAUCCACUCCCGUCAGGAGUCCGGCUCCACUCGCUUCUACCUGACCGACAACCUGGUGUUCGACAGCCUCUACCGCCUCAUCUGCCACUACAGGGACACGCCGCUGCGCUGCAACGAGUUCGAGAUGCGUCUGGGAAACCCCGUCCCUCAGCCCAACGCACACGAGAGCAGAGAGUGAGCGGCGAGCGUCUCUGUUCCUUCGUUUUUCUAACAGGUGGAGGAAACAGUCGCUAAUCUCUCUCUGCUCAUCACUUCCAGGUGGUUCCACUCUAGUCUGUCCCGGGUCCAGGCCGAACACAUGCUGAUGCGCGUUCCCAGAGACGGAGCGUUCUUGGUGCGAAAACGCAGCGAGCACAACUCCUUCGCCAUCUCCUUCAGGGCGGAGGGGAAGAUCAAACACUGUCGGAUCCAGCAGGAGGGCCGUCUCUUCAUGCUCGGCAGCUCAGCCGAGUUUGAGAGUCUGGUGGAUCUCGUGAGCUACUACGAGAAACAUCCUCUGUAUCGGAAGAUGAGGCUGCGCUACCCCAUCAACGAGGACACGCUGGACCGGAUGGGCACCACGGUAACGCGGUUUAGUCCAGUUUGAUGUUUUUUGGUCCUCUAACAUUAAAAAAACUCCAAGAGUGACCGUCUGUUAUCGUUUGUUUGUCAGGAGCUGGAUUACGGGGCGCUGUAUGAGGUCCGGACUCCUCACUUCUACGUGGAGGCCAAUAAGAUGCCAUCAGCACGGGUGAGUCGGUCCACGAGUCACAACAUUACGGUUAUUUAAUGUAUUUUACCGCCUGUUGACAACCUUUAAGGGGAGUUUGAAUGAACUUCUCUGCCAUAUUAGGAGUAAAACGUGUUUUUUAAAGAUACAGAGCUCGUAAAAACACCAAGAAUAAACCUAAUGAUGUCGAAGUUAAAGUGUGGACUCGUUUUAAAGGGAUUGACCUUCACUAAUAAAAAAGAAAGUGAAAAAAAUGAAGACUUCGUACUUACUUACGAGAAUAAAGUCGUAGCUAAUAUUCUAACCUGUUGUUAGUUGUUUAAAUGAGCGCUGUGGAGCGUUUCGAUGAGUUGAACUUAAGUAUCUCGGUUUCACAAAUGAGGAGGUGCUAAAUACUUUGGUGUUUCAGCAUCACAUUGUCAGAAGUAUCAGGAGGACAUAUGUAAGAAAUGUAUCUUUUCCGCAGAAAGAACCAGGUGGACUUGUAGGGAUUCGCUGUUUUUGAGGAGGGGGAAAUGUCGGGUAAUGUCUGUGCAGAGGUUCAAUCACUCAAUGCAGCCGUUUAGAGCAAUAGCAGAUGACUUUAGUUUAUCGUAUGAAUCUAUACGCCAUAAGGUGUUGUUGCCUCUGCAGGUGGAGGUUGCUGCCGGUGUUGUGCCGGCUUUAGAGACAGACGUGGUGCUCGUCAGAGCUCGACUCUCUCUGAAUCGUAAAUGUUGAUCAGUUGGAUUAUUUCUUGAGAAAACACAAAAACUCUCUAAAUGACCCGCUGAUGAACCCACUGAUAACUCUACAAUCGACCAGUUCAGACAUUUACUCCUCCACUAAAGCAGCUUUAAGACGAAAUUUACUUUACGACUUUAUUCUCAUCAGUAAUGACUCUGAUCUUGAAGUCUUUUUUUGUCUUAAUGUGUUCCUAAUACUCCGUCAUGGAUGUAAAAGAGGUUUUUUUGUUGCCUCCAGAUUGAUUCUGAUGAUAUUUGUUGCUCCUCUCUCUCUCAGUGCACGGUCAAAGCUCUGUACGACUAUCGAGCUCAGAGGGAGGACGAACUCUGCUUCCCCAAACAGGCGCUCAUCCUCAACGUGGACAAACAGGAGGGCGGCUGGUGAGUCGGUCUGAGCAUGCUCAGAGUGUCCUGUAUGUCAAUAUUGACGGCACCUCAUGAUUGCAUAUUUCUUUUGGACAUGUUCAGAUCAGAUUCAGGGAUAGGGAGUCUUCAAAUGAAAUUAUAAUCUCAACUCUGUCCCAGUUUUUCUGACUUUAAUCUGCUUAAACAACUCUGCCUGCAGAAAUAAAUAGUGGUCCUAGACCGCUUCCUUGGGGGACACCAUAUUUGAAUGUAGCUGGCUGAAUAAUAAUGAUGUAUGAAACCAUAGAGAUAAACUAUGACUAAAUAAUGUGUGAAUGUUCUUUAUUCAGGUGGAGAGGUGACUACGGAGGAAAGAAGCAGCUGUGGUUUCCUGCGAACUACGUGGAGGAGGUUCCCAGUUCUCCCACCAGAGAGCUGGACGAAGCCGUGAGUCUGGACUCUUCGUUUCUACUCCGGAUUUUCCCACAAUAAAUGAUAAACAACUUAUUUAUUAUUCUUGUGUUUCAGUCCACAGAGAACAGUCCUCUGGGGACGUUUCUAAAGGGCUUCAUUGACGUGCCCACCUGUCAGAUAGGUGAGACCCUCAGACCGACGAUCACUCUUUCUUAUUUCUGCAGAAGUUUCACAGUAAUCUCAAAUAAACCUACAUGUACUGAUAAACACAGAGGCAGACAGGUGAGCUGUUCAAGUUUGAGGUUUAUAUUAGGGCUCGAUUAAAAAAUUAAUCUAAUUAAUCAGAGGAUUUGUGACCAAUUAAUCGCAUUUUAAUCACAAUUAAUCGAAUUUUAAUCGCAUACAAAUAUUUGACCUGAGAACAGUGACAAUCAUUAUUUUAAAAUGGUAACAGUAUUGGUAGAAAUUUUGCAUUUUUUCACUCUUUGUCUGUAUCAUGCAUCAGUCUAACCGUCUUAAAUCUCUCUCUUAUGUCUGAACUCCUCCACCCUCUGUUUUUCUCCGCAGCGGUGCCCAAAGAUGGAAAGAACUCGCGUCCGUUCGUCUUCACCAUCCAAUCCCAGCACCCCUCCUCUCACCCCGUUCAGAUGCUGGACGUGGCGGCCGACAGUCUGGAGGAUCUGACCACGUGGGUCAGCAAGAUCAGAGAGGCCACGCAGAACGCUGAUGCUCGGGUGAGUGUGGGAAACAUCAGAAACUGGAUCGGUACGUGAUGUUGGACCUGACCGUGUUUUUGGCUUGUUUCCCUGGUAACAGAUGCAGGAGGAGAAGCAGAUGGAGAGGAGGAAGAAGAUCGCAGUGGAGCUGUCUGAGCUGGUGAUCUACUGCAGGCCCGUCCCCUUCAACGAGGACAGUAAGACUCACGUUUCUCUCCUACUCUGGUUUCAAACUUCUCCGUGAACUUCUUAGAGUCAUUUCUCAUUUCUAAUUUCCUCCUCCAGAGAUCGGCACAGAGAGGGCGUGUUACCGAGACAUGUCGUCCUUCCCGGAGACGAAGGCGGAGAAGUUCGCGACGCGCAGCAGAGGGAAACGCUUCCUGCAGUACAACCGUCGGCAGCUCUCCAGAGUUUACCCACGAGGACAGAGGCUGGACUCGUCCAACUACGACCCGCUGCCCAUGUGGCUGUGCGGCUCCCAGCUGGUCGCGCUCAACUUCCAGACCCCGGGUCAGUGUUUGGAUCUCCUCGGGUCUCAUUUAGACCCUGGAUCCUACUCCGGAAACAGAUUAAGGACCUCUGAAGAGAAAAGUUGAAAACCGAAGUUCAUAAAGUUGAGAGAAAAGUCAAAGUGACCGUUUGUGUUUCCUGCAGAUAAACCCAUGCAGCUGAACCAGGCCUUGUUCAUGCUCGGCGGUGGCAGCGGCUACGUCCCCCAGCCCGACAUCAUGAGGGACGACGCCUUUGACCCCUUCGACAAGGACACCUUACACGUGGAGCCGAUCACCCUCCAGUUACAGGUCAGGAUCAGAGACUCCUCAGUAUUCCGGCGUCUCUCUGGAAACUCAAGCUCGUAUCUUCUCCUCGUGUUUUUCCUGAUUCAGGUUCUCGGAGGGAGACAUCUGCCUAAAAACGGCCGCAGCAUCGUCUGUCCCUUCGUGGAGGUGGAGAUCUGUGGAGCUGAACACGACAGCUGCAGGUGUAAGACGGAUGUCGUAGGUGAGACCUUCAGCUUCAUCCACAGGAAGUGAGAGUCCAGAACUUUCCGCCUGUUUACCGCCUGUUUCUGUCUCCCGACCCUCUCAGCUGAUAACGGCCUGAACCCCGUCUGGGUGCAGAGACACUUUGUCUUCGACAUCCACAACCCCACCUUCGCCUUCCUGCGCUUCACCGUCUACGAGGAGGACAUGUUCAGCGACCCCAACUUCUUAGCACAGGCCACCUACCCCGUCCGUCUGCUGCGAACAGGUGAACGAAUCAAACAGACACAUUCAUAUACAAAGACUGGAGGACUGAGAGGAUAAUCAUGAGUGUGAUUAUCGGAUAUAAGAAGUUACAGCUUUCACAAGUUUUUAAAAAGUUCUUUAACCACAAAACUAAAUAUAAAAAAACAACAAAUAGUAACAAUGUUAAAAUUAAAAUCAGAAUUCUACAAAAAAGGAUUAGGCCCACAUGCAGAGGAAAAAAAUAGUUACAGGAAGGAGAUUAAAGUCAAAGUUUCGAGAUUUAAAAAAUCGAAAUUAUGUCAAAGUCGAAAAUUUGAACAUUAAAUAUUGAAAUUUUGAGAUAAAAAAAAUUGAAAUUUUGAGAUUAAAGUUGAAAUUUCAAGAUUGAAGUCGACAUGAAUAAAGUCAAAAUUUUUUGCUUUAUUAAAUUUCAACUUUAAUCUCAAAAUUUCGACUUUAAUUUUACUAAUGUAAAUUUUUUUAAUCUCGAAAUGGAGAUUUAAAAAAUCUCCCUCCUGUUAUUACUUUUUUCUCCUCUUGUGGCCCUGAUCCCCUUUCAUAGAAUUCAGACUUUUUUCUCAGAAUAAUAAAAUAUUUAUCUAUAUUGGAAUUUUUUUCCUCCAGUGUCCAUUAUCUUCUUCUGUAUUUAAGCAUCUCUGUAAUGAUUUUCUCCUGAAAUAAUCAGCUGCGACUGAUUUUAAACACCUCUUCGUUUACCUGUCCAGUCUAGGAUUAAAAAUAAAAACCGUUCAGAUGUUUUUUUUAUCCUGUUUGCUGACGUGUUUUCCUCUGGUUGUAUUUUCAGGUUACCGGAGCGUCUCUCUGAAAAACAGCUACAGUGAGGAGCUGGAGUUGUCCUCACUCCUGGUCCACAUAGAUAUUGUGAAUGCAAAGGUUUCCCUCUCUCUCUGUCUCUUCAUUAUUGACUGAAAUAAAACUUUAUACCUUCAUCACACCUGCUCCUCUUCUUCUGUCCUCGUCGCUGUAGGAGGAGGACGAUGAGAACCUCUACAUGUCCAUCCAGCGGCUGCGGGAUCGAACCAGCGAGUUGUCCAACCAGGUGUCCCUCCUGGAGAGGUCGGGUUCAGGAGAUCUGAGCUACCAGCAGAGUCUGGAGGAGCUGAGAGCGGCUCAGGACCAGCUGAGUGAGCUGGUGGAGGCUCGAAACCGGAGGUGACCGAUCCUGUCUGAGUUUUACAUCCUUACUGUCAUUAUUUAGUUCCAUUUAAGUGGUCUUUUUAUGGUCUAGUUAAGCUUUAUUCUAGUAUUAAGUGUUGUUUUAUAUUUAAAUUUAUUCUUCAUUUGCAGAAUAUUCGAUGAUUUUAAGUCAUUUCUGUUCUGUGGUGUUGAAAAUGUAGUUUAGAUAUUUAAAAGUUGCUCGUUUAUUGACUUAUUAUCAUUAAAUCUGGAUUUGACCUUCACAGAGUUUCAACAGCUCAUAAACUCCAGUGUCUUCCUGCUUUUUUCAGGCUGAUGGAGAAGAAGAGGAGGGAGAGGCUGAGGCAGCAGGUGACGGCAAAGCGCAGCUAA